CUGUUUCCACAGUUUUCUUAGAGAAGAAUGGCUCUGUCUAAUGGCUCCCUGGUAACUGAAUUUAUUCUCUUGGGGAUAACAGAAAAGCCUGUACUCCAAAUACCCCUCUUCUUACUGUUUCUAGCAAUAUAUAUGAUAACAACAUUGGCUAAUUUGUCCUUGAUCAUUCUCAUUGUGCUGAACUCUCACCUGCACACCCCCAUGUACUUUUUCCUCUUAAACUUGUCCUGCAUAGACCUCUGUUAUUCAGCUGUGAUCACACCCAAAAUGCUAAUGAACUUUAUAGUAAGGAAGAACCUAAUUUCCUACAUGGGGUGUAUGAGUCAGCUCUUUUUCUUUUGCUUUUUUGCCAUUUCUGAAUAUUACGUGCUGACAGCAAUGGCCUAUGAUCGCUACGUGGCCAUCUGCAAUCCACUCCUGUAUAAAAUUUCCAUGUCUUCUAAGGUGUGUUCCUAUCUUAUGCUUGGUUCGUAUUUCAUGGGACUUUCUGGUGCUAUGAUCCACACUGGAUGCAUGCUGAGACUGACUUUCUGUGAUAAAAUCACCAUCAACCACUAUUUUUGUGACCUCCUCCCUUUGCUGCAGCUCUCCUGCACCAGCACCCAUGUCAAUGAGAUAGAGCUGUUCAUCGUAGCUGGAAAAGACAUCAUUGUACCCACUGCCAUCAUCUUUACCUCUUAUGGUUUCAUCCUAUCUAGCAUCUUCCAAGUAAGGUCCUCUGAGGGUAGGUCCAAAGCCUUCAGCACCUGCAGUUCCCAUAUAUUUGCUGUUUCUCUGUUCUUUGGAUCAAGCACAUUUAUGUAUCUUCAACCCUCAUCAGCAGGAUCUAUGGAUGAGGGAAAAAUCUCUUCCAUCUUUUAUACCAUUAUGGUUCCCAUGAUGAACCCUUUAAUCUACAGCUUAAGGAAUAAAGAUGUUAAAGUUGCCCUGAGAAAAACCCUGAGCAGGAGAACGUUUUGA